CGUGCAGCUCAUCUUUGUGCUGCGAUGCUAGCUUGGCUAGCAGCCAGCUCGGCUCGGCCUCGGUGGCAUGGAUAUAGAGACUGCUUUCCACACGGUUGGAGAGUUUGGGCCGUACCAGAAGCGGGCGGUCACCGUGCUGGUUCUGGCGCAGGUCUACAUGGCCUGCCAGUCCAUGCUGAUCGUUCUGGUCGGAUACACACCAGAGUAUCGGGUCGAGAAGCAGGACGGUGGUUCGUCCGGCCACCGGGAGCUGCAGCAGCACGUCAUCUUCACGGAGGAUGUGGACUCCAUCGUCACGGAGUGGGUCCUCAUCAGACAGCAGGCCUAUAAGGUCAGCCUGGCCGGGUCGCUGUUCUUCACCGGGCUGCUGGUGGGGAAUGUCGUCUUCGGGCCGCUCUCUGAUCGGAUCGGACGGAGGCCCGUCUACCUGACAGGUCUGUUCUUUGAGGUGAUGUUCGGCUACCUCACCGCCCUGGCGCCCAGCUACGAGGUCUUCGCCGCCUCUCGGCUCCUGGUGGGGCUGAUGAACGGCGGCAUCGGCCUCGUCUGCUUCGUCCUCACCCAGGAAUACGUGGGGAAGUCCUACUGGGCCAUGACCGGGACGCUGACCAGCAUGAUCUUCGCCGUCGGCAUUGCUCUGUUCGGAGCGCUGGGCUACUUCGUCCGGCCCUGGAGGACUCUGGCCACGGUGGCCAACUCCUCCGGCGUCCUGUUCUUUCUGCUCUCUGUAACUCUUCCAGAAUCUCCUCGCUGGCUUUAUUCUCAGGGACAGACGGAGCGAGCCGAAGAGGUUCUGCGCUACAUGGCGGUGAGGAACGGCAGCAACGCCACCAACCUGGUUCUGCAGCGGGUCGGCACCGCCAGGCCCGGCGGCCCGGUGAGCAGGCAGGGCGGCGUCCUGCAGCUGGCGGUCCAUCCGGUCCUGCGCCUCAGGACGAUGGUGCUCAUGUACGUGUGGUACUGCUGCAGUCUGGUGUAUUACGGCCUCACCCUGGGAGCCAGCGCCACGUCGGGGAGUCGCUUCGUUAACGUGGCCAUGUACGGCCUGGUGGAGCUGCCGGCCUAUCCGCUCUGCAUCUACUUCAUCAAUAAGAGCUGGGCCGGCAGGAGGAAGAGCAUGUCCAGCUUCCUGUUCCUGGCUGGCUCCGCCUGCCUCUGCACCACGCUCAUCCCAGAGAACUCAGGGUCUCUGCUGAGCAUCACGUCUCUGGCUCUGCUGGGGAAGCUGAUGGUCAGCGCUGCGUUCAACAUCGCCUACGUUUACACCUCAGAGCUCUACCCGACUGUGAUCAGGAACGCCGGGCUGGGAGUGUGCUCCAUGUCCUGCCGAGUCGGAGGAAUCCUGGCGCCGUUUGUUCCCUCCAUGCGCGCGCUCCACGCCUCCAUGCCCUUCACCGUGUUCUGCCUGAGCGGUUUGUCUGCAGGCUGCCUGGGCCUCCUGCUGCCCGAGACCCUGAACAGACCUGCAGCCGACACUCUGGAGGAGCUGAGCGGCCCGAGCGGCAGCCGGGUUCUGGAGAACAAGGCUCUGCUGUACGAAGAGGAGAAACUGAAAUCAAACCACAAGUGAAGCUCUGGUCUUCGUUUCGGUCCAGAGGGAGCGGCCGCUUCAGAGCGGCGUACCGUCCCUUUAAGACAGGGAGUCUCCGGGUCGCCGCCUGCAGGGUUCUCCUCGGUUCCUCUCAGGUUUUUCUCUCCUGGCUUCAGUCCAGAUGUUACUGGCACUGGCAGGAAGUGAAGCACAAACUUUAAACAUUCCUGUGGCCAGAGAGCCAGGUCAAAGUUCACUGAACCCAGAAGCUGAUGAUCAGCUGGGAAACGUGAUCUGCUGGGAGCAGAGCUUUAAUCUGAGCCGGGACCGGGUCGUGGUUCUGAUCCGUUAGAGAAACUUUUUUCGCUUUCAGUGAAAGCGGUGAUGUAACGCGGUUUAAUGGCGGCUCAAGUGAUGGAUCAAGUGAUGUUUCAUAUUUUCCAUGAAGCGUUUUAUAUGAAUCAAGCUUCUACUGCCCCCUGGUGGCUGCCAGUGCAGGCCAGGAAGCCGAGCCGGACGGAAUCAGAUUAUUUUUAAAAGCAGAGGUGAUGCUGAGUCACUGGCUGCUUUGGCUUUUUCAGACGACCAGGAAGUGAAAGUGAUCAGAUCGAAGCCGCAGCAGAAAGUUUCAUGAUCACAUGUAGAUCUAAUCUGACCUGUUUACACGUUGAAAUCGAGUUUUUCACAGCUUCCUGAACUCCAGUGGAUGUUUUUCUACCGGAAAUCAUUUUGAACUGAAGGAGAAACUGUGGUUGGUAAUAACUGUUCCUCUCUGAUGUUUAACAGCCAUAAUGAGAACCAGACACUCAAAAACACCAAAUAUCACCAAGGAUUUCUGUCUGGUUUCUGGUCCAAACGUCUCACUGGAAAUCAGACAAAACUAACUUACAUGUACAUUUUCAGCAAGAUAUUAAUAGUUUUAAACUGAAUGACAGACAUUUUAGUGAAAUACUCAGCUGGUGUAACUCGUUAUUAAAUUGUUUCCUUAAAUCAAUCUCCUAUAUUACAUUGGAAAGUUACUUUAAUCAUAUUUCAAGUGCACUAAGAUAUUUACACAAGAACUAGACAGAAAUACUUGGUAAUAUUUUGUUUUUGCUGCGUUCAUGUUUAUCAUCAAACAUCCUGAAAACGACCAAUAAUAGAUUUAUUUACUUCCUGAUAUUCCAUAAAACGUCACUUUUCCCAGCCAGAUUUCAGACCAACAUCAGGUUCAGGGUUCAAACUAUCUGAGUUUUUCUACUGAUUGAAUCCUAAAAUUGGAAUAAAAACCUUUAAUUUUUGAUAAAAGCCUCUAAAGAUGAAUUCAUGGUUCAUGUUGCAGCGUCUUUAACUCUCCUAGGUCAGAAAAUCUCUGCACUUUAAAUCUGCACAUUUAUGGGACCAAUCCGAAAUAUUUGAAUUUGAUUUAAAAGUUAGUUUUGUAGUAAAUUCUGAUAUAUUUUGACAUGUUAAAUCCUGUUUUUUUCCAGUAAUAAUGGAUGUAAAAUGAGUCGGAUUAAUGUUCAUUUUAAUGAUAAUUAAGGAUAUUUUAAAGGGAUCAAAGCUCCUGGACUAAAAACACUACAACAUUCCUGAAAGCCUUUUGUUUACUCUGUAAAUACUGAGAUGAAUAUAACGUUACUAAAUGGAUGUUAUUGUAUUUACAGGAAUCUUUGGUUUAACUUUGAGUAAAAAUAUGAAUUUUCUCUUC